GCGCCCACCAGGUCACGAGGCAGAUGCAGUUGUCGCGGGUGGUGAUGAGUAGAGGCCAGGAUGAUGGUGUGGUCGAGCGUGGGGGUAACGUGUGCGGAAUGAACCGAUGGAGAGAGCGCGCGCGGAAGGGAUGUAGCCGAGAGAUAGGUGAUGGGUCAUGAUCGAGAAGCGCAGGUCAGGAAGCGGGAAUGGAAAGGGAAAGAGCGGAGUGGAGACUGCUGGCGGACUGGUCGCGAUGCCGAGUAGAGCAAGAGCCGCACGCCGGCGCUCCUCACUAAGAUUGUGCACGGGCGCGGCGCUCAGCCGCGUCGGCGAGCAUGCGCCUGCGCGAUUGCGGCGAGAGCGGCGCCUCCUCCUCGCUGCUCAGCAUCGCCUCGUCGUAGGAAUUCUGGUCAUCGUCGUCAUCGUCCUCCUCGCUGUCGCGAACGGCGCGGCGGCCUCUGCGGCGGCGCGGAGGCGUGCCCACGUCCUCGUCGUCGAACUCGUGCGAUGAGAGAGAUCCCGCACUGCCCGAGUCGUCCGACAUCUCAGGGACACGACGCCGGAUACGGUCCACUGUAUCCUGCAAGGCCGCGAGACGCGCGGCAACGCCCUGUCGCACGUC